AUGACGAGCUGCAGAUGGGUCGACGUGGUCAGCAGCGACUCCUGCGCGUCGUUCGGGCGCACCGCGCUGAUGAAGUACGAGAUGCAGGACCGGCGUGCGGCGGCGGUGACCUCCGAGCGCCUGGUCGCGGCCAUCGACGCGGGCUGCGUUGACCAGCUGAGGGACGACGUGACCGACGACCUGGACGACUCGUUCAUUGAGCGCGAGGGGCAUGUGACGGCGAUGCAAGCUGGCACUGGUGUCACCAUGGACAUGCAGCUGAAGAUGAACCUGGGCGACGUCGCCAUCGACGAGAUGCCGCUGUCCCAGGAGGACAUGGGCGAGUCGGACGACUCGACGCUUUCGCCGAAGCCGCUGCUCAAGGAAUGCUGGGACAACGGCGCUGUGGACGUGCCGAGGGACGAGAACGGCGUUGCUAUGGUGUCCUUCACGGGGAUUCUCGGCCUGCCACGGUCGUCCAAAUCCUCCGGCGCAAACUCGCGCAGCCCGUCGCAGCGCGAUCGCACUUCGCCGAGGCCCGAGACGAAGUCAAGGGCGCCCAAGGACGUCCGGACUGGGUCUGACUCCGCGAAGCAUGGUAGUGGCGCCAACGCGUGUACGGGACCCGUGGCAAAGGAUGGUAGUGACAAAAAUGUAGUGGACAGCAAGGACGCGGGCAUUAGCACCCCCAAAACAGCCAACAAGGCUAAGCGUGCGCCCAAGGACGCAUCCGCUUCGAAGGGUAAGACGGUGGAGUUCGCGUCGCCGUGCGUCAGCCCGAUGUCGAUGCUGGAGGCGGAGACCUCGAAGCGCGCGAAGCUGGCCACCGACGACCAGUCCGGCGUCUACUUCGACGACCUGACGCAGGAGCCGCUCAACCCGCCCAAGAAACCCAACGUCAUGAAGGGGAAGGUCGACACGGAGCACAUCUCGCAGCUGCUGCUGAAGCAGUUCCAGCAAACGGAACCGAAGCCGAAGGCGAAGGAAGCGCCUAACACCCGCAUUUGCAGCCGUCUGAAGGACAUCGCCAUUGGCAAAUCCACCAAGGGGUACCAGAACUACAUCAGGAAGGUGCCGAUCGACCAGCGCACUCCCUGCGAUCCGCAGACGCCCAACUUGCGCGAGAACGUCUCUGCGGCGCGUUUCCAAGUCAUUUAUCGCAAAUGGCGCACCGCCCUUCACAAGUACGACAACCUCUAA